AGCGCCUGAUGGCGGGCGACUCCCUCUGGGCUGCUCUUCUCGUUAACGCUGGGGCGGUUGUUGGCCCUCCCGAGCCGUUAGCGCGUCCGCCCGGAGGGGCUCGGGGGGCUCCUGGCGUCCCCGCUACAGACACCCGGCUGUUGGUACUGAGGGGCCGCGCUCGUACCCGGCGCCUCACCCCGCUGGCGGGGCCGGGCCGCCCAGCGCCACCGCGGCCGGGCGGGGAGCGGCAGCGGGAUGGGCCGGGCGGGAAUCGGUGCCCCUCUGGCGUGACCCGUGCCUCGGGGAUCCCCACAGCCCGUGCCUGGGGCAGUAACGUGCGGCAGCAGCUGUGGGAGCAUUUCGUGCGCUCAAGGUCAAAAAGGCCAUGAAAUCAGGGAGAUCUGAUGGGCACGUAGAAAUUUGACAGGGAAACAGCGUGGAGGGUUUGUCCCCUGUGACCCCAGGUCUCAAUGAAGGGCAGUUCCCUGCUCCUCUGGUGUCCUUGCAGGUUCUGGUUGUCCCUCAGCUCUGGGCUGGCAGCGCUUGGAUCCUGCGAACUGCAGAAAUCCACAGGGCUGGAGACGGCUGUGCCUGGCGACUGUACCUCCUUCUGUUAACACCUACAGUUGGGGGCUUUUUAAAAUAAAAUCCGAGCUUAAUAACAUUGAAUUCCAUAAUUUGCAAGCUAGUCACUUGGUUCAAGGUGUUUACAACACUAGUGUUUGGUGUGUUGUCAACCAUUCGGCUUCUUGUCUUUGUGAUUUAUUUUUUUUUACUAAUUUUGGCAAGACUCCAGUCAAAUCUCAGUUGAUUUCUAUUGCCAUUAUUUUUAGCUUCCAAACAGAACACAUAAUGUGGUCUCUUGAGUUUUUUUUUGAGGGAGAAUGGGCAGUUAGUUUAAAAUGCGUUUUAAAAAUGUUGUUAUUGAGCCUGUUUCUACUUUGAAAUAGAGGAUCUGUCUUGGUGUGUUUUUUUUUCCCUUUUAAUAAGUUUAUGUACUUACAUUUUAAAAGGAGAAGCUUCAAAUCUCAGUGGUUGCACCUAAAUUCAUUAGAUUAACAAUACCAAGUCACUUCAGUUAGUGAAGAUCUCAGGUAAAACCCUAUUCUCAGCUUUCUAUGGAGCUCCAGGAUGGUAGGAGGCCAAUAUAUAAUCAUGCUACAUAGUGGUGUUAUUAUGUAGUUUGAGGACUACAUCUCAAACUAAAUUUGUCAUCUCUACAUAUACUAGUAGGGUCAGGAUGCUGUUUGGCUCCAAGGUUCCUCCAAGGUCUUGAUGAUUCAUUGGCUUUUUACUCCUCGCCUUUCACCAAGCAAGAUGCAUUCUUCAAGUUUUGUGUUCAAAACUACUUUUUGAUCUGGAAAUACAAUUUCCACUGCUUUUGACCAUAUCUCGCUGUUCAAAUAUGUUAAUGAACAGCUCUUUUGGUCUUUUCACAUGAUGUAAAUAUCAAAUGAGCAAAGUAAGAAUAAUGAGCAAAUUAGAAGCAGGGUGGUUUUGAGAAAGGCAAUUAGGCUGAAAUGUGCUUCUCACAUUAAUUCAGUACUAACGGUGCUGGAGUGAAACAUGCAACGACUGGACUGGGAAGGUACCACAAUUUCCCAGCUCAGUUGGGGCAGGGUGGUGGUAGCAUUUGAUGUGUGAACAUCUGCACUAACUGUACACUCGUUGUCUGUCACUAGUAGCUGGGAGCCAAGGAUUUGUCAUGAUCAGACCUUGAGUGUAAAGGCCAAUUGUGAAGAACAGAUAGCUUUGGUAUAUGUUAUUUAUUAAGAUAACUGUGCAUCUCUCAUGUCUAUGGAAACAGAGAAUUCUUGUUUUGAUUCAGGCAAACAUUUUCUACUCCACACAAUUGAUAUUUUGUAAGUAAAAUGCAAGAAUAUUUUGAAUACUUUUUAAUACACAGCAAUGGUAUGACAAAUUGAAUGUUAUGCUCAGUGCAGCAAUCUAAACAUUCAGCGCUUGGGUGGUUUAAGGCUACAGACUCCAGGAUGGCUGUGCAUCCUGCCCGUUGCGUUCAACAGCUGUGUCUGUGCGUGCUAGCCAUUGCCCUGGCCCUUUGUCUCUCUCUUCUCGAUGAUACUGCUGCUAUGGUGAAAAACAGACAGAAAGAACAACAGGAUAUUGUCCGGUUCUGGUCUGUAUGCCAACAGUGACAAAAUGUUGUUUUCUCCUCAGCUUGGGGUUCUGUUGGCUUUUAUUAGUCCUGGGCGAGCCUGAACACAUUAAGAUGUGUUUAAAAUUCUUCCAGUUAGUGUGGAAAGCGUGAGUCUCUGAGAGGAAGGUGAUGUCCCAUGCCCCGGCACGGACGUUCCUGUCCUGGAGGAUGAUCCUGUGAGUGACGCAGAGGAAAAAGAAGAGUUCUGUUGUGAAAGACAACAGGAAGACGUCCAGCGCUGCUGCGUGCCAGGGGGACACCUGCAGAGCUGCCGCAGGGGUGGAAGGGAGCCACAGGCUGCAUGGGGAGCGCUGAGAGAACUGCACGGCUGCGCAAAUCUGGUGCCAAACCAGGAGGCUAUUUUUGGUUUCUGUUCUGCUUUUCUGACACCUGUAGGUAAGCGAGAAGUGCACAACAGGCUUCUGCAGCACCUUACGGAGUGAAGGAACCGUCGCAGGCUAUGGGAUCACAGGGAAGUAUUCUUGCUUAGCAAUCGGAAUUGAUUAUAUGAAAUAUGAACUGUAUACGCGCUGGAGUUGCCAAGACAGAAGCUGGCUGUGUUCCGGGGCUUGAGUGAGGACAAGCCAUCCCGUCAGCUCCCUUAGAGCAGCAGGCAACACCCAGUUCUGUAAAAAACCCAGAAGUUAUACUGCUAUCUGGGAGUAAAUGUGCAGAGUUCUUAACCCUGAUUUCUGCCAUGAGCAUACUGAUUUUAAGUUGAUGCUACUCUUCUGUACAGGUAUACUCAGCCAGUGUUUUCUGUGAUCUUUACCAGUGAAUCUGCACAAGCAAUUGCUUCCUAAACUCACUUCAGGAACUGCACCUCGGUCCUCACACCGCUUUAACUCCUGGAGCAGUAAUUACACUUAACAAGACCUUCUUACUUGCUGAAAAUAUAAUGACUGAGUUUCUGGUUUGUUUCAACUGGUGCAAUGGUGAACAGCCCCAGCCGAAGAGGCGUCAGAGACUGGACCGGAACAUGAUAGGAGAACCAAUGAACUUUGUACACACUGCGCAUGUCGGGGCAAGAGAGAUGAAUGGGGACUAUUCGUCAGCUGUAUCAAUUCAGGACCACAUGAAGUCUAAAGGUGGCUACACAAACGGCACUUCUGCAACUGCUGAGAUGUAGGAAACUGAGAAAAGGCUGAAAUCUGCAGUGUUUUAUGAGGACUCCCUGGACUGCGCUUUCAUAUUCUCUAAAACCUCUUUAUCAUGGAGCAGAGAGAGUACUUGAAUCAUAAAUAGGUCAGUGCAAGCUUUGGUGUUCUUUGCACAGUAGCUUCUGAGGGAGUUAUUGUAGAUGAUCCUUAGAAUGGCCAGUCAUGGUAGUGUUGUAGUAGCAGCUGUAAUUUGUCACUGUGGAUGACUUUCUAGCCGUGUCCCAAAAACCUCACAAAAACAUCUUGUGGGAUGGGAUUGGAAGUCAGCAUGAAUUGUCUGGGGUUUUGGCCUCCAUCCUUCUCUCCCCUCAAGAAAUGCAGAGGUUGGUUUACUUGGAAGAUGUCACACAUUUGUACUUAUUACAUGGGCUAAAUGGAAUUGCUGAGUAGGAUCUUGUAGCCUGUUAUGCCGCUGUGGAGCUAAUUCUUGAUGGUUUACAACAUAAUGCGUAAAUCUACUGAGCUGUACUUGGGUAUUUUUUAAUGUCUUUUGGUGGUGAAUGAACUCUAAUGUAAUAUAGUUAUUUGAGUCUGCAAAACCCAGUGAAACGUUAGCUGUGCUGUGAUGAUGCUUUUGGAGCUAAAAAUGGAAGUUUUGCAAACAUACUCUUGGAUGAGGCUUAGAAAAAUAGACAUUUCUCUCAGUUACCUGGCUCCUUCCAUACAGUGUUGUGACCGACAGAUGUUACUACAACAGAGCUAAUAAUGUGUGCCAGUUAUCUUCGAGUGGUGCCACAAUUUGCUCAUAAUUGUGUGUUACCUUUGCAUGACUGCUGUUGAAUUUUAAACUGAAGAUCACACUCGCUGUUAACUGUCUGUAACAGUAACUACACAGGACUUCAGGAUGUCUCUCACUUGUCUUUCUGGCUCCUUAAUUUCAAGACUCUUCUUUUUUAGAUGAACUGAUUUUUUUUGCAUAUACUUCUAAAUGAUAUGGUUCAAAUGAAAACUGUGGUUUAAGUGAAACAGCCACAUGAAGGACAAAAAUGUAGGGUAUUGUGGAAUCUUGCAGGAGAGCAUUAAAUGUCAACUUUGUCUUGCAGAGCUCCAGCACUUCAUAAACAGAUUUUUAGCCAUAGCUAAACUACGGUUUGUCACUUGGUUCUUAUUCAUCUUUCUGUUAAGUGAUAUGACAACACUGCAGGUGUAGAGCCAGGUUUUUCUUCUGCUCAAUCACUGACGGCUGUUCCUGAGCUCAAAAUUCUGAAUGACUACCAAUGAUUAACUUAGGAAAUCUGCUUGCAGUUGUGGAAUUAACUAAAUACAAGUGUUUCAAUUACCAUUAAAUCAGCACCAGUUAUGCUGGAAGUCAGUGCAGCUCUUUCCUUCUUGCUUUAGACACAAGAUCAGUUAUGAACUUUUUUCCAUUAAAAAGCAAAACCAGAUUUACUAUUGAAUUAGAAUACAUGCCAUAUUUUAACAUAUUUUAAAAUUAGCACAAGUUAGCUGCACACUUAGCUUUUUAAGGUCUUUAAUAUUCCUAUCUUCUAACUUCAGAUAUUUUUCGAACAGUGUAGUUAAGAUACAAAAAAGAUAAAUCCUGAGUACUGUUGAGGAAGCAUAAAGUGGCCAAGUUGUUUUAAAGAAUAUCAGCUAUUACAUUGAGUUCAUGCAUUCAUUGAUCCACACUUGCCCUGAAAUAAUAGUGUUAGGGCAACUGUGAUGAAGAAAAUGGGUUGAAUUUUGUUAGCGCUGUAAGAAAACGAAUUGAGCAGGAGUUUGUAUUUCCUGAAGACUCAGUAUGUUUAAGAUCAGUGGUGUAUGCAUAACUAGAAAUAAACAAGUUGGUGAUCACGUCAGUUCUUCUCUCUAAAUAUAAACCAACAGAGAUAUUUUAUUAAACUCUUAUUUAUAGGAAAAUCAUAGUUUUCAUUAUGUAAACCAAGCAGCAUUAUCUGAUGUAAAACUAAUCUAUUUUCAUCAGCCUAUGUAUUAUCUAGGACAAUGUUAAAGUUAACUAAAUUGUCACAUUAUUAAAAGGAAAUGUUCUGCUAUUCCAUUAAAUGUGCCAUUACUUUUAAAAUAUAAGCAAACAUAAAAACACGUCUUAGGACUUGGGUAUUUUUUUGCCAUAUAUUUAGAAACCUUAUCUAGCUGUAAUCUUUAAUGUAACUCAGUAUAAACCUCUCUCGGUUAUAAUAAAUCUGUUGAACUCGG